AAACGAGAUUCGGUUAAUUCCGUGGGGAACUUAUUUCAAAAUAUUAGCACAUUAAUGCCUCAUAGAGGUUUUCGUUAUUGCACUUUUUUCGUAAUUUGUAAUAAAAUGCAUUUGUUUGCCAUUCUCACGGAAAAUUAAUGUUUGUUCCAAUUGCAGAAAAAUCGUUCUGGUCGCCAUUCAAGAUCAAGGCUCAACAUACAUAUCACCAGCGAUUGAGGCUCUAAAAAGAGUUGGCGCCACCGAUGACCUACUCAAUCUGACAGAGUUCAGAGGAUCUUUUGCUUUGGUGGGAUUCGCCGGUGUGAAUAGACCAUCUUGGAUUGCACAACAAAAUGCCAAGCGAGAAAGGGGACCCAGUGAGAUAUCUCUGACAAUCCCAUCAUCAGAAGGUAUAUCUUCGUUCUAUUGAUACCCUAUAGAGGAAUUUCAGCUUUUAAAUAAGUGAACGGGUCCAUCAUAACCAGCCACGCAUUGACUAAGCAUUUUCAGGCUCUCGUGCACUCAUAUCGGUGUGUGUUGAUUAACAAGACAACACCACAUUUUCUCCUGUAGCUAUCAAAGGCAUAUAUUACAAUCAGCCUGGCCAUUCCUGCAAGGACAUCCGGGACUCCGGAUAUUCCGUUGGAGAUGGGGAGUACUGGAUCGACCCUGAGAAGAACGGAAACCCUUUAAAGGUCUACUGUGACAUGACAACUGACGGAGGUGAGAUGCAAAUGCUCGAUCAUGUUAAAAAAAGUAAAGGAACUGAAUUGGAUUUGAGUUUCUGAAAUUCUACUUCAUGAUGUUUGAAACAUUUAGUUCAUGUUGGUUGAUGUUGGCUUCGUUUUGCACAGGAGGCUGGCUUCUUGUUUCCAACGUUGUGGUAGACGACCCGUCCUCGCGACAGCUUUGGAUUGCGUCAUCAUACCGUGAAAUCAGCAACUGCCACUGGAACAAAACGUUGUUCAUCACAGAAAAUGCCAUGAAAGAACUGAGAACACACUUGUCUUUCACUCAGCUGAGAUUCCACUGCAACAAACAAAAGGGACGAAUGAUCCACGUGACCACAGCUGCAAAUAGCUCUGGUGAAGCUGUAGUUCAGUACUUCAGCGGUCAGACGGAUAGGCGACCUUUGGCGUGUGGCUCGUUUAAUAGAAUGAAAGAUGAUAACUCCGAUAUAACUGGAGUCUGUCACCAAUGGAAAGACCAGCAGUGGGGUUACCCACCGUCGGCAAAGGGACAUUGACCGACCACCCCUUUUAUGUCCCUAACAAAUAUCACUGGUUGUUGACUCCUGGAAAUCAAAGAUGGGAGUGUGACGACUAUAUUUCUAACAGAUUUUUUGCGUUGUCCUCUGGCGAUUUCUGGAAAGUCUUUGUUCGUUAAGGCCUGGAAACACCUACAUCCGCUUUCACUUUUCCUGUGAAACUUUUCUCUGCAAAGUAAGACGUCAUGAUCAUCGGAUAACUGUAACGAGCUUUCAAACUUUUUUUAUUUGUUUUUUAUCAUUCGAACAAUUUGCGAGGUUUUCGUUUUUAUAUUUCGUAUGUUAGUUUGUGGCCUGAACGUCUUGGAGGAGUUGGUAUUUUACCUCUUAUUCAAAUACUACGGAGCCUUAGGGGAUUAGAUAGAUUGUGUUGCAAAAUCCUCCGACCGACCUCUACCCCACCCCCCCUCCCCCUUCUGGAGAUACGAAAUGACUGGUACUACGGACAAGCGAGUCUUUACAACACUUGGAAGUACCUUUGCUUUGACGUUGAGUUAAGCCUCCUUAAAAUCUCCUGGUACAAUCAUUCAGGGAGACUAUUUCAAUUUAUCGCUCUGUUUUGAUUUGCAGUUGGUUUGCUAGUUUGAGUUUGUUUUUACAACCGUUGCUUUUAGAAAAAAUUGGUUGUUCAAGGUAAUUUCAUAACAAUAGUUCACUUAGAAAUGCAAAUUUCAUUAGGAAAACUUGGAAUAGAAAUGCUGAGACAAAUUUGUUAGAAGAUGUAGUAACAUUAUUAAAAAAAAACACGUUACAGCAGGGUUGACGUAGCCAUUUCACACACGAAAUUUUAAAAUAAUAAAUUUCAGUAGAUUUUGAUGUUUAAAAAGCUCAAGGUAAAACUAUUUCUAAAGUGAUUUUGUAAAUAUUUGACAUGUAUAUGAUUAUGCGCACAGACACACACAACCUUUUCAUUCCCGUUCCGUUCCCAAACUUCAUUAGUAUGGGUACGGAACGACUUAACUAACUGAGUACGAAUGGUCUUAGCUGGGUACGAAACGACUGGCAUCCGCCCGUGGUUGUCGGUGAAUUUCUUUGGGUUGUUGGCGAACCGGCCUUGCAUGGGAUGUCGGCAAGCUGGCCCAAGUUAUCAGCGAGGGCCUAAGUAAUCGGCAAACUGGCCUUGGUUGUCGGCACACCGGCCUAAAUCGUCGACAAACCGGCCUUGGACAAAGAUACAAACACAACAUCGACGAAUAUAUCAAUAAAUCGAUAGAGUUUAAGCAUAUUACAUAAGCAUAAUACAUAAUACUGUGUUCCUGAUAUUCUUUGCAGUGCUUAUAUUGCAUUUUGGUUUUUACAUAAUCUCAUUGUAAUGGUUUCUGAAAAAACCAUCAUUGUACGAAGCCAAUAAAGUUAUUACUAUUAUUGUCAUUAUUAUGGAUCGAAAGUCUAUCUGAUUUGAUUAACCACAUACAACUGACUCGAGGUGACUAAAGAAGGAAUUAUUUAAAUCAGCGCUGACUUUGAUUGGUAAAAGUAUGAAGACUUUGUAAAAUUCAGUUUUGUGUCCGAGACGUAAUCAGCAAAAUUAUUCCAAUUAAACAUGUUAGAGCUUACAAUCAAACUGAACACCUUAGGUUUGACUUGAUCAACCACACUGUCUUCAAUUUUUCUUGCCUACUUUAUCCCAGUGAGUCGCCUGCGGGGAUGCGCUUUGUGUGCGCCCCGAAGCGUCAGGCGACCGAGCAGUAAAAACGAGUAACAAAGCCGAGGACGAUUGUGACGGGAAAUAAGAAGCACACCAAAACUGCUGGCUGUCGGCUCUGCCGUGGGUGGGGAAUAUACGACCACUGCAGCACAAGGUGUACAGAGACCGUGUUUGACGAGGGUGCAGCCAAACGAUUGGUUGUAUGUUAUAUCUUUAAUAAAACAGUAUAUUGUUUAAACUUAUGACUUUCCAAUUAGUACCUCGCUCAAGGUAAGUGUGAUUUUUUCCCCUUUGUUAUUAAGGAUUAUAAGAAAUCGACCUUACAGAAAAAAUUUUGUAAACAUGCCAAGCGCCGUAAUUUACGUUGUUAUAACGCGAGUAGAGACAAAAGUCCUCAAAGAGAACCGAAGUGGACAGUCCGAGUUUAGAAGGUUUUCACACUCAGUUAGAUUGCAAGCUUACGUACGGUAAUAAAAAGCAAACACAGCUAACACUCCUAUACUAUAUAAAGUUUUUUGUUCAAAACGAAACAGGAAAAACAGGAACGAUGAAAAAUAUAGCCAAACUGGCACAACUGUUAAAUUUCAUACUAAUCAUGAAGGUGCCAGAGCGACUGCAAUUACGCUGAGGUCCAUCGCGGCUAAACCAUCAUGGUGAUCUCUGAUAAUCACAGUGAAGAAAGCCUAAGAAAUUACAUCGGCCGCCCUUCGAGUGAGCAUCUAAGAGCUUGCUCUGAUAUCCUUUCUGAUGCACUGCUGGAGUGGAUGGCCACAUAAGUCACAGCAGCCGAGUUUAACGGCGCUGUCAUCUCAAGCAAUCUUCGUGUUCCUGUAAAUUCGGCUGUCGUUCCUUCAUAAAACACACGUCUUGAGCAGUUUGUUUUCUGAUUGUUAUGUGAAAAAACUUGCGUGAUAUUAUGAGCCACAAUUCAGCCGGAUUUCACUGAACAUUUCACUUUCAGAUUGUCUACGUCUCGUGUUUCUCCCCACUUCUCUCGUGCUCUGGCCGCUUCCUGCGUGCUUUUGCAACAAAACAGGGCACAGUCAAGGCUUCUCUAUUUGUUAAUUAUAAUUCAACAGAUACGUUCCCGAGAAAAAGCGUAAGAGCUGCUCAAGGCGAAGCCGAGAGGAAUUUUAGUUCUCGAGUACUAAAAAAAUAUAACUCUAACUAAUUUGGCGAAGCAAAAAUAGGGGGUCUUCAUUUCGCCUUUCUUAUUGAGCAUAAAACGAUCUUGUUAAUUUUAUGGGUUACAAGGCAGAGAAAUUCGGAACUUUGCCGGUUUUUUUUGAUUUAUCGAUCGGAGAGCUGAGAAUGACAAAAAAAUGUUUAUUUGGACGGACGUAACGUUUUAAGGUGUCAUAUGUUAAUAUAUAUAUAUAUAUAUAUAUAGAUAUAUAUAUAUAUAUAUAUAGAUAUAUAUAUAUAUAUAUAUAUAUAUAUAUAAAAGAGUGUGGGGUAGAGUCUACCUUGGCAUAAAGUGCUUAAUGCUGUGGUAGCAGAGCAGACAGACAGAACUUUUCAAAUUUCAGUUCUCUCUGACGAGCCCUUAGGCGCGAAACUCAGAGUCACAGAGAAUCGAUGCGUCGAAUUUAAUUAUUCAACUUAUGUUUAUAUAUAUAUAUAUUUACAUAUAUAUAUAUAUAUAUAUAUAUAUUCGUUUCGUUUCUGCAAAGAUAAUAUGUUGAAGCACAAGUUGGUACUGUAACCUGUUUACAAAAAGUUUGCAGCCUGAUGCAAAUUAGUAGGUUCGCUUUAUCUUUAACUCCCAGGUUUAUUACGUUUUAUGUUCUCGGCAUCUGUAUCAACGUUCUCAGUAGUUCUUUACUUUAAACAGAGUAUAUUAUUUUGAACGGCUAUUAGUGAUUAUGAAAACUUUCACGCGAUAUAAGGUGAUCAGAGCUAAACGGAUGUAAUCCACUUGUUACUUAACUAAGCGAAAAAAGGUUAUUCAAAGGAUGAAAUGGAUGAGUUUUUGUCCUCUCGAUUUCAUGUCAACGAAAACAAAGUGAAAAAAUCCAUUUUCUUUUACUUUGUAUAAAUUAUGUCAUGCAUCCUGUGUUGAUGUUUCUCGUGAGCAAAGUCGACUCUUUAAUUGCAAAUUCCUCAAAACAAAAGUCACCCUGUUGAUUUGGCGAAUCAGAUUAUCAAUGAGAAUGAUAAAAGUAGAAACUAACUCUUCUAUUACUGCGACGAACAAAAGGAGUUUUCGUGCAAACUGAAGAGCAAUUAAAGCGAUGAAUAAAAAGGAAUCAUGAAUUAUAGAUAAGAAGUAUUUCAAUUGUGAGUCAAUGACCCUCAGAGGAAGGCAAAUAUAAGAAAGCUGAUAUGCAACAAGAAAGCUAAGGAGCUCCACCUGGGAAAGAUAAAACGGCCAAUUUCAGUAUGGCUGUUUUAUGGCUGACCCAGUUUGCCGUUGUUAGCCUAAACAUCCUUUUGGGAAUUCUGUUUGUCCUAGCAAACAAGGACUUUUGUGGAAGCGUUUUUGAAACUCGAGUCGGUGAGUAAAUACUUCUAAAUAAAAAAAGAAAAGAGGAAAACACCGAUUCUUAUACUCUCUUUGUAUAGCUAGUAGUUACUAGAAAGAACGUUUUUUUCCUUACAGACCAUGCCUUGGUGGGUCAUGUUAUUCAGACGACUGUUGUUAUGGACGAGUUUGAAUGCCAGUUAAAAUGUAUGGCAAAUAGCAGCUGUAAGUCGAUCAAUGUUCAUCCCGGUGACAGCAAUAGCCCAAGGGGCGGGAAUCCGUCUUACCGCUGAAAUACUGUACAACAGCUUCACCAGAGCUGUUAGCAACGGUAGUCACGUGGAUUGUACGUCCUUUUUGUUUACUGCAAUGAAAUCUCAGCUGAGUGAAGGACAAGUGUGUUCUCAGUUAUUUCAUGGUAUCCUUCGUGAUAAACAGCGUCUUAUUUUCGUGACCAUUGCUGAUUUCACGGUAUGAAGAUUUAAUCCAAAGCUGUCGCGAGGACGGGUCGUCCACCAAAACGUUGGAAACAAGAAGCCAACCUCCUGGAAAAAAACAAAUGAAAUCUGAACAUUGGACGCGAUGCCUGUUCCAAUUUUUAUUGCGGUAUGCACCUAACUCAACAACAACUUCAUUGAUUGUCUUUUAUUUUCCAAAGUAUUUUUUACCUCCGUCGGUUGUCAUGUCACAGUAGACCUUUAGUGGCUUUCCGUUCUUCUCAGGGUCGAUCCAGUACUUCCCGUUUUUUGAAAGAAACGUGAGUCUCGGAUGUCCUUACAGGAAUGACCAGGCUGAUGGUAAUAUAAGCCUCUGGUCGCUGAAAAGGAGAUGAGGUUUGAUCAUGAUGGGUUUAUUAAUCUUCACACACCAGGUAAGACGCUGAAAAAAGGGGAGAAAGCUAUACGCAAAGUUGAACACGACGGUCCGCAUUUAUCUUCAGAAAUGCGUUUUAAAAAGGAGUCCCCAAUUGAAAAUUUCCACCAUCCUCAUUGCACUUUAUAGUCAUGUAUUUUGUUUGACAACGUCUACAAUAUAAAUUUUCUAUAACAGUCUCAUCACUUACGUGUUUCACAAUGUUUUCCUUUGUAUCCUGGAUGACACUGGCCGCUUUUAGUUGUUUGUUUUCGCCCGCGAGAAACACUCAUGCAGGAGGCCUGAUUAGUAAAACAGAAAGGUGAACUUUUUUCUUCCCGUUCUGCCAUCGAUUGUUGUUCAGAGUAAACAAAGCUUGUUUUCUCGUUAUCAGUAUUCAGACGCUUAAUGUGCGAUUUUUAAAAGCAAAUUUGACGUUACCCUUACACUCUUGUCAACACUCAGAACAUACUAUACAAGCGGAAAUGAAACCUUUUGGUUCGAAGGUUGUUGCAAAACAGGAAUUGUAAAGUGAUGGAGAUAGUUAAGACUCGCUUGAAAAACGUUUGCCCGUGAUUUUAAACUGCCUGAUGUAAGCCAAUAACAAAUGAUUCUCUCAGUUUUCAUUAGUAUAUAGCAGUAGUUCCGAAAAAUUGUUCUUGGCAGUGAAUAAGAUAGGAAAGUUAUCAACAAACCUGCCUAACCCACAACCCACCUGAACAGAGCUAUAAUAUUUAGAUCCUUUCUUCUUUUGAAGACGACCUGGCUUCAUCUGCCGUGUUUUAUUAUUCAACUCACAGCUGCGUUUUCCUCCAAAACAACCGCAAGUUGUCAUCAAUGGAAAGACAUGAAGUGGGGAUCAGUAAAAGUUGUACAGGAAAGGUUAAACGAUUUUCCUUUAUAUUUAGCAGGCGCUAAUCACUGGUAUUUGCCAAAUGGGGAUCAAAGAUGGGAGUGCGACGACUUCAAGGAGAACUCUCAUACAGAAUUUUUUUCGCUGUCCUCUGAUGAUUUUUGGAAAGUCUUUGUUCGCUAAGACCUAAAAGCGACAGUCAAAUACACCUACUUUCACAGCCUUGAAAAGCUCUAACAACACACGCAGAAAAAUACGAUAUUUUUUCAGGUGUGUUUAAUAUAGCCAAUCAGCUGCUGACACGUCAAUCGCCUUUCACGUCUGUUGUUGAUGAAUGAACGGCGAGUCUUCACCAUUCUCAAUUCAAGGUUGUUUGUCGGAAUGUUCUCGGAUUAUGGCUGCUAAAACACUGAAAAAUCCGUAUCGCUGACAGACAGUGACAUUCAAAUUUUCCUAAAAGAGGAAGUAAACCAAAAUACCAAAAGAAAAAACCGAAAGUUACGUAUUCAGUUCCCUUGGUAAUGGCAUUUCUCACCGCUGAGAACGAAAAUCGAUUGCUGGAAGAUUUGUCAAUAUUUGCUGUGUGCCUGAAAGAUUUCUUCUGUUGGUAAGGACAAGGUCAAUAACUGAGAAUUUUGUAUAUUGAAUAUUACGCCCAAUUUUGCUUUUAGAAAGAUUCAACGCAUUCUUUCAUCUUGAGCCUCAGCGCCAACGCAAUUUUCGAUUUUUUCGAACUUUCUCGAAUUAGGCAGCUAAAACUCUAAAAAAUCCGUACCGCUGACAGACAGUGAGGUUCAAACUUCCCUAGAAGAGGAAAAAAAAACCGAAAGCUACGCAUUCAGUGGCUUUGGUGUUGGCAUUUUUCGCGGCUGACAAUGAAAAUCGACAACUGGAAGAUUUACCACAGGCAGAUUUUGGCCGUUUACCUGAAAGACUUCAUCUGUCGGUAAGGACAAAGCCAAUAAAUGAGAAUUUUUUUAAAUUGAAAUGACGACUAUUGUUGUUUUUGUAAUCAUGAUUCAACGCAUUUUUCCAUCUUAAGAGUUAGCGCCAACGCACUUUACAAUUUUUAUUCGGAGAUUGUCAAUUCUUUUAUUUCCAUUCGUUAAUAAAGUCAACUUUUCUUGUCAGUAAAGAGCUAUUGUGAGGGAGAGGAGAGAACAGAAACUGGGAUAAGCUCCAGUCUGAUUAGCUAUAUGACUCAAGUACAGACAUUACCACUCUUUUUGAAAAAGCAUUACAGAUCAGAAAAACAGAGAGAAAAAGAAAAAAGUGACCUUGCGGGAACAUAUAUCUUGAUACACUGAAUUUGUCAUCAGGCAUAAUUUUAAACACAUUCACGUCGAAGCCUCACUGGUCCUGCACAAGAUUCUCAUAACAUUUUCUACUCCGAAAUAAUUGUUUUCACGGGAAGCCACAUUUAUCAUUUGUGUUUGAACUUAUUACAAAAUAGCCAAUAUGUCAUACCUAAUGAAUUUUAUAUCAUGGUCAUAAAUUAUGGAUUAUCUACAUGUGUUAUCAAGUUGAAUUUCUAACGAGUUAUCAACUGAAGGGUCGCUCUAACAUUUCCUAUUAUACUCGAGUUAAAAUCAUGGAAACAGCUUUCAAAUCUUCCCACUUGUCGCAAGUUCGGUCAAUCUUGCUGCAUUUUUCAUCCGCAAGUCUUUAGCUCUUUGUUUCGUAACUGUUUACCAAAAAAAGUGUACGUUUUCGUGAGCCAAAAAUUGGCUGGAUUCCAUGCCACCGGACAAGAGACAUUAAGUUUCGUAAUUUUUACCUUUUAAAUAAAAACUAACUAUAAAUUGGUGGAUCUCCACUCCAAAAGCCAAUUAAAAUUGAUAUUAUGGGUGAAGUUCACUUUGUGAUUAACAGCUGUUUUCUCGAUAGCCAAUCAAACACUUUGGACCUUUCCAACCAUUAAGGUUGUUUCAAAAUGUGAAAAUUUCGAUAAGUGUGCUAACUCCUUCAAAGCUCACAAUUUAAUUUUAUGGAAAAAAAAGCCACCUUUUUUUAAAAAGAGAGAAAAUAAGCCCCCAAAAGCAAUUAAAGGACUAAAACUAAGAUGAAAAACAGCUUUUAAUAAUAAAUAAUGUUUAUUUUUAAUUGAAAUUGUCGUCCAAUAAGGAGGGGCCCUAUUUCUACAGGGAAACAAAUUAAGACGAAUUAAGAGAGGCUGAUUUAAAUGCAGAUUAUGUUUCUCAAGUGAAGAAGUUCCGCUUGGAUAAGAAGAGCGAUGAUACAGAAAUAAAGUAGAAUGACUGUUUUAUGGCUGCUCCAGUUUUCCAUUGUGACUCUUCAAAUCGUCCUCGGAAUCCUGUUUGCCCUGGCAAAAGGAGACUUUUGUGGAAGCGUUUUCGAAACUCAACUGGGUGAGUUAAAACUCAAACUGAACGAUUAGGAUCUUCUUGAUUCUUAGGCUUUGUUUUACAUAUAUUCAGGUGAAAAAGCAUUAGUCCUUUUGCUUCGCCUUUCAGAUCAUGCAUUAGCAGGUCAUGUUGUGUAUACGACUGUUGUUGUGGACGAGUUUGAAUGUCAGUUAAAAUGUAUGGGAAACAACCGUUGCAAGUCGAUCAAUGUUCACCCCGGUGACAGCAUUGGACAACGUAUAUGUGAGUUGAAUAAUAAAACGCGGCAGAUGAAGCCACAGGAUUUUAGAAAAAGGAAAGGAUCUACAUACUAUAGCUCUGCUCAGGUUGGUACUAAGUUUUAUGGUUACCGUAGUUAAUUGCCAAAAUGCCGAAGAUCUUUGGUAAAGUUUUGAGCGUGAUUGGAAUGACAAUUCUAGCCUCCUCAGUGCAAAAAAACAUAGCUCUUUAUUUCACACAGCCAUUGAAUUUGGCUGUUGAGGGCGAAACAAAAAUGGGUAGUUUCAUUUCUUCUUGCGUUUUGAGCAUAAAACCUUCUCGAUUAUUUUUUUAGGUUACAAACCAGAGAAAUUCAGAACUUUAUUGUUUUUUUCAUUCUCCUUAUCUAUCUGAGAGCUAAGAAAUACAAGAGAGUAUUUGCUUAAUUUGUACAGACGUAACGUUGAACAUAAGUUGAACAUAUGUGUUAUAUACCUAUAACCGCUGUGUUUCUGCGAAGAUAACUUGUUGAAGCACGAGUUGAUGAUGUCACCUGUUAAUAAUAACUUUGGAGCCUGAUUCAAAUUAUUAGGUAUCCUUCAUCUGUUAGUCUUAGGUUGACAAUGUUUUCGGUAUGUUCUCGGCAUUUGUAUUAACGUCCUUACUAGUUCUUUAGUUUGAAAAAAAUAUUUUAUUUUGAACGGCUAUUCUUCAUCAAAAAUACUUUCAUGUUUAUAACGUGACCAGAGCUAAAUGGAUGUAAUCCACUUUGUACUUUAUAAAGAGAACACAAUUGAAAAAAUUAUCCAAGAAUGAGAUGGAUAAGCAAAUUUUCUUUUUGUCUCGAUGCAAUGUCAAUAAAGCAACGGGAAACAAAUCAACUUUCCUUAUUUUUGUAUUAAUUGUGUCAGGCUUCCUGUAUGGAUAUUUCUCGUGAGCAAAGGCGACCCACUAAGAGCGCUCAGUGUCAUCCGGGAUACCAAGGAACACGGUGCCAAAUGCGUAAGUGGUCAGAAGAUUUUGCCUGUUACGUAUUCACAGCUUUUUAGACAAAUUAAACUGCAUAAUCAUUACCGGUUGCCUCCUUUUGACAGCUCGAGGCUAAGGAUAAUGUUACUGACCUUGUUAUAAAUGAGUCAUGAAGUUAGCGGAACUUGUCGAGAACAAACUUAAACAAAACAUAAAGUGGCGAGAGAACACAUGCAGAAUCUCACAAACGGAGGCGUAUGUGAAGCAUAAAACUGUUCUGUUGCGGUCCGGCCGGCUGGAUGUUUAAUUAAAGUAUAACACAUUUGCGACUCCAAAAGUAUCCAAAAUUAACUCUGUCACCAAAAUAUUUCACCUUUAGGAAAAACAUUUUUUUUCUCGGAUAUGCCCUUAUAUCCACCAAGAUAUAGAAAUAAAUAUUAUGAAUAAUACUGGGCGAUAAAGUAACAUUACAAACAUUACUUCUACUCACUGUAUGUUGUGGCAGAGUGAAACCAAGACUCCUGUUCUUUAUAAUAAGUUCAUUUAUAUUUAUGGUUGAAAAAAGGAAAAUUAGCUUUCAUUUUUGUUUCAUGAUUUUAAUAAUAAGCUCCCGUGGUGAGAGUAUUCAUCCGCAGUGAAGGUUGCGAGGAUCUGGGAAUCACAGCAAACACUUGUGGUAUUGCUUACAUCAAAGUGAAUGGAAAAGAUUAUUCUCCACACAUCAGAGGCCAUAACGUGGUUGUUAUCAACGCUAUCACAGGUAUUAUAAUCAAGAUCGGAGAUAAAGCGCGCUGUCAUUUGUUGAAAGAGCGCUCUAUCAGGGUACAAAAGACAGAGUUGAGUUACGCCAUCCACUACUUUGUACUAUGUUCCACCAUUUCCCGUACUUUUCUCUUGCUUUUUUUCGGUAAUUAAAGUGAAAUUUCGGAACAAACGAGCCGGCAAGUAGUAACAGAAGAGCCAAGCAAAGGUUUGUAAACAUGCCAUGCCAUGCCAUGAAAAAUUAACCAAAUCGGCAUAACUGUUACAAUUCAUACAAAUCAUGACGGUCUCAGAGCGAUUGCGAUCAUGCUGAGGUCCAUCGCAGCUAGCUCAUCAUGGCGAUCUCCGAUCAUCGCAGUAAAGCAAGCCUCAAAAAUUACAUCAGCCCCUCUUCGAGUGAACAACUAAGAGCUUGCUCUGAUAUCCUUUCCGAUGCAUUGAGUGGAUGGCCACAUCAGUCACAGCAGCCGAGUUUAACGGCGCUGUCAUCUCGAGCAAUCUUCAUGUUCCUGCGAAUCAGUCGGCUGUCCUUCAUACGUAAAACACACGCCUUGAGAAGUUUGUUUUUUAAUUGUCAUGACAAAAAACUUGCGGGUUUUUAUGAGCCACAAUUCGGCCGGAUUUCACUGGAUAUUUCACUUUCAGAUUCCGUAUUAAAACUGGAAACCUUUGGCGAAAGUGUUAAAUUCGACCUGCCGAAAUAUUUCAGGUUAUGAACUAUUGCAGAUUGUGAACUGAGAGGGUUUGACACUUUUGACGGCUUUUGUCUUGUUCAACCAAUCAAAUUAUUUGAACCAUUCUAACAAGGAUUCUGAUUGGCUUAUUGUAGCAUGCUUAUGAGAGUAUAGAGCAUGCUGACGACAUUGAUGUUUGCUUUGAAAUCAAGGUUUGUUUUGAAAAUUGAAAGUAAUGCGUGGGAAACUUAAAGGAUUCUUUUUUAUAAAACAAAUAGCGAAGCCUUGACUGUGCUCUAUUCUGUUGUAAAGCACUUAGGAAGCAGCUGGAGCACUCCAAAAUCAUCAUGAAGGGUUACUUAUCUGGGGCGAAAUAAAAGCAGGUAGUAAAACCUUACUUCUGACGACUUUCCCGAAAAAGGCAAACCGGUGUGAGCUUUUGUUUUCCGCGAAUACGCCAGAAGGUAACACCGCUGUCUCCCUAUCGACUCCAUGGUCUUUAUUUAAUAGAACGAUGUGCUCAGUUUAAAAUCUGCGCGGUUAGCUCCAGCUCGAAUGAUCAUAAUCUCUUUAAGCUACCAGUCAUCUGGAAGAUGUACGUCUUCAUUAUAAGCUUGAUUGUAGUGGAAGGGAAACGUUUGUUACCAUUCUUCAUUUGCAGGUACUGUACUAGGAGCCAAAGGAUUUGACACUCAUGCGAAUAGUUCCGCUGGUAUUCACCUGAGAGAUUACCUUAACGGAAUCAAAGGAGAGUAUGUGCCACAUUGACGUGCUUUUAUAUAUGUUCAUAGAACAAAAAAAAACGAAAGCUGAUAUAAAACAAAUGUAAAGGAAGGAAAUGAUCAUCCAACCCUCUAAGGAGGGUUGGAAGAUAUAUAUAUAUAUAUAUAUAUAUAUAUAUAUAAAGAAUUCAUAAUCUCUUAAAAGAUACAUAUUUUUCUCUUUCUAACGACCGUUCGGGAUUGUUUCCAAUGUCAAACGCAUGAAAAUUUGUCGCAAUAACUCCUAUCCGAAACUGAAUCAGAAAUAUACUCACAAAACGAGAUUCUGUUAAUUCCGUGGGGAACUUAUUUCAAAAUAUUAGCACAUUAAUGCCUCAUAGAGGUUUUCGUUAUUGCACUUUUUUCGUAAUUUGUAAUAAAAUGCAUUUGUUUGCCAUUCUCACGGAAAAAUCAUGUUUGUUCCAAUUGCAGAAAAAUCGUUCUGGUCGCCAUUCAAGAUCAAGGCUCGACACACAUAUCACCAGCGAUUGAAGCUCUAAAAAGAGUUGGCGCCACCGAUGACCUACUCAAUCUGACAGAGUUCAGAGCAUCUUUUGCUUUGGUGGGAUUCGCCGGUGUGAAUAGACCAUCUUGGAUUGCACAACAAAAUGCCAAGCGAGAAAGGGGACCCAGUGAGAUAUCUCUGACAAUCCCAUCAUCAGAAGGUAUAUCUUCGUUCUAUUGAUACCCUAUAGCGGAAUUUCAGCUUUUAAAUAAGUGAACGGGCCCAUCAUAGCGAGCCAGCCACGCAUUGACUCAGCAUUUUCAGGCUCUCGUGCACUCAUAUCGGUGUGUGUUGAUUAACAAGACAAAACCACAUUUUCUCCUGUAGCUAUCAAAGGCUUAUAUUACAAUCAGCCUGGCCAUUCCUGCAAGGACAUCCGGGACUCCGGAUAUUCCGUUGGAGAUGGGGAGUACUGGAUCGACCCUGAGAAGAACGGAAACCCUUUAAAGGUCUACUGUGACAUGACAACUGACGGAGGUAAGACGAAAAUGCUCGACCAUGUUAAAAAGUAAAGGAACUGAAUUGGAUUUGAGUUUCUGGAAUUCUACUUCAUGAUGUUUGAAACAUUUAGUUCAUGUUGGUUGAUGUUGGCUUUGUUUUGCACAGGAGGCUGGCUUCUUGUUUCCAACGUUGUGGUAGACGACCCGUCCUCGCGACAGCUUUGGAUUGCGUCAUCAUACCGUGAAAUCAGCAACUGCCACUGGAACAAAACGUUGUUCAUCACAGAAAAUGCCAUGAAAGAACUGAGAACACACUUGUCUUUCACUCAGCUGAGAUUCCACUGCAACAAACAAAAAGGACGAAUGAUCCACGUGACCACAGCUGCAAACAGCUCUGGUAAAGCUGUAGUCCGGUACUUCAGCGGUCAGACGGAUGAUCGACCUUUGGCGUGUGGCUCGUUUAAUAGAAUGAAAGAUGAUAACUCCAAUAUAGCUGGAGUCUGUCACCAAUGGGAAGGCCAGCAGUGGGGUCACUCACCGUCGGCAAAAGAGACAUUGACCGACCACGCCUUUUUUGUCCCUAUAAAAUAUCACUGGUUGUUGACUCCUGGAAAUCAAAGAUGGGAGUGUGACGACUAUAUUUAUGACGGAUUUUUUGCGUUGUCCUCUGGCGAUUUCUGGAAAGUCUUUGUUCGUUAAGGCCUGGAAACACCUACAUCCGCUUCCUCUUUUCCUGUAAAACUUUUCUCUGCAAAGUAAGACGUGAUGAUCAUCGGAUAACUGUAAAGAGCUUUCAAACUUUUUUUAUUUGUUUUUUAUCAUUCGAACAAUUUGCGAGGUUUUCGUUUUUAUAUUUCGUGUGUUAGUUUGUGGCCUGAACGUCACGGAGGAGUCGGUAUUUCACCUCUUAAAUACCAUAAUAGUGACUAACUUAUAACUUCUCCAUACAGUAUCACCCUUGAAUUAAAUAUUGUGGUCAUAGGAAUAAAGGAAAUGAUCACCAGCCUAGGAAGUCCAUAACUGUCAAACAAAUUCUCCUCGGCAGCACCAUAGGAAAUGUAUAGAGAACAGAAUGGUGAACAUCCAUACUGAUGUUAGGGUGUUAAGAGUUAAAAUCUUUUUAUCUUUCAAAGUAAACCCGACCCAAAAGAUUUGUUCAUCUAUCUGUUUUUUUUCCUUUACUUUUUUUCGGGAAGUCAUUAUUUUAUUGCCGCGAAGGAGGAGGGGGGAGGGAGGGUGUCAGGCGGGGCUGUUCGGAGGAUUUUUGGGGAAUCGCAUGGUUUUCAGGCGAAGCUGAGAUGAUAUUAGUCUUCGGUAACAUAAUAUAUAAAGGAAGGACUGUAGAUAAUCGUUUGCAAAUGAUGGAGUGGGGGGAAGUAUUCAUAUACUACGGAGCCUUAGGGGACUAGGUAGAUUGUGUUGUAAAAUCCUCCGACCGAUCUCUACCCCAACCCUCCUCCCCCUUCUGGAGAUAAGAAAUGAUUGGUCCCUUAGUACGGACAAGCGAGUCUUUACAACACUCGGAGGUACCUUUGCUUUGACGUUGAGUUAAGCCUUCUUAAAAUCUCCUACUACAAUCAUUCAGGGAGAACUUAAAGACUAUUUCAAUUUAUCGCUCUGUUUUGGUUUGCAGUUGGUUUGCUAGUUUGAGUUUGUUUUUACAACCGUUGCUUUUAGAAAAAAUUGGUUGUUCGAGGUAAUUUCAUAACAAUAGUUCACUUAGAAAUGCAAAUUUCAUUAGGAAAACUUGGAAUAGAAAUGCUGAGACAAAUUUGUUAGAAGAUGUAGUAACAUUGUUUAAAAAACACAUUACAGCAGGGUUGACGUAGCCAUUUCACACAUGAAAUUUUAAAAAUAAUAAAUUUCAGUACAUUUUGAUAUUUAAAAAGCUCAAGGUAAAACUAUUUCUAAAGUGAUUUUAAAUCAAUUCAUUUGUAAAUAUUUGACAUGUAGGUGAUUAUGCGCACAGACACACACAACCUUUUCAUUCCUGUUCCGUACCCAAACUUCAUUAGUAUGGGUACGGAACGACUUAACUAACUGUGUGCGAAUGGUCUUAGCUGGGCACGAAACCACUGGCAUCCGCCCGAGGUUGUCGGUGAAUUUCUUCGGGUUGUUAGCGAGCUGGCCUAGCAUUGGAUGUCGGCAAGCUGGCCCAAGUUGUCAGCGAGGGAGCCUAAGUAAUCGGCAAACUGGCCUUGGUUGUCGACACACUGGCCUAAAUCGUCGGCAAACUGGCCUAGGACACAGACACAAACACAACAUCAACGUAUAUUUCAAUAAGUCGAUAGAGUUUAAGCAUAUUACAUAAGCAUAAUACAUAAUACUGUGUUCCUGAUAUUCUUUGCAGUGCUUAUAUUGCAUUUUGGUUUUUACAUAAUCUCAUUGUAAUGGUUUCUGAAAAAACCAUCAUUGUACGAAGCCAAUAAAGUUAUUACUAUUAUUAUUAUUAUUAUUAUAGAUCGAAAGUCUAUCUGAUUUGAUCAACCACAUACAACUGACUCGAGGUGACUAAAGAAGGAAUGAUUUAAGUCAGCGCUGACUUCGAUUGGUAAAAGUAUGAAGGCAUUAUAAAAUUCAGUUUUGUGUCCGAGACAUAAUCCCCAAAAUUAUUCCAAUUAAACAUGUUAAAGCUUACAAUCAAAUUGAACACCUUAGGUUUGACUUGAUCAACCACAUUGUCUUCAGUUUUUGUUGCCUAUAUUAGCCCAGUGAGUCGCCUGCGGGGAUACGCUUUGUGUGCGCCCCGAAGCGUCAGGCGACCGAGCAGUAAAAACGAGUGACAAAGCCGAGGACGAUUGUGACGGGAAAUAAGAAGCAAAUCGUAACUGCUGACUGUCGGCUGUGCCGUGGGUGGGGAAUAUACGACCACUGCAACACAAGGUGUACAGAGACCGUGUUUGAAGAGGGUGCAGCCAAACGAUUGGUUGCAUGUCAUAUCUGUCAUAAAACAGUAUAUUGUUUAAACUUAUGACUUUCCAAUUAGUACCACGCUCAAGGUGAGUGUGAUUUUUUUUCCCUUUGUUAUUAAGGAUUACUAACAAAGGUUUGUAAACAUGCCAAGUGCCGUAAUUUACGUUAUUAUAACGCGAGUAGAGACGAAAGUCCUCAAAGAGAACCGAAGUGGACAGUCCGAGUUCAGAAGGUUUUCACACUCAGUUAGAUUGCAAGCUUACGCACGGUAAUAAAAACAAACACAGCUAACACUCCUAUACUAUACAAAGUUUUGUGUUCAAAACAAAACAGAAAAAACAGGAACGAUGAAAAAUAUAACCAAACUGGCACAACUGUUAAAUUUCAUACUAAUCAUGAAGGUGCCAGAGCGACUGCGAUUACGCUGAGGUCCAUCGCGGCUAAACCAUCAUGGUGAUCUCCGAUAAUCACAGUGAAGAAAGCCUAAGAAAUUACAUUGGCCGCCCUUCCAGUGAACAACAAAGAGCUUGCUCUGAUAUCCUUUCUGAUACACUGGGUGGAUGGCUACAUCAGUCACAGCAGCCGAGUUUAACGGCGCUGUCAUCUCAAACAAUCUUCGUGUUCCUGUAAAUUCGGCUGUCGUUCCUUCAUAAAACACACGUCUUGAGCAGUUUGUUUUCUGAUUGUUAUGUGAAAAAACUUGCGUGAUAUUAUGAGCCACAAUUCAGCCGGAUUUCACUGAACAUUUCACUUUCAGGUUGUCUACGUCUCGUGUUUCUCCCCACUUCUCUGGUGCUGUGGCCGCUUCCUGCGUGCUUUACGACAAAACAGGGCACAGUCAAGGCUUCUCUAUUUGUUAAGUAUAAUUCAACAGAUACGUUCUCGAAAAAAAGCGUAAGAGCUGCUCAAGGCGAAGCCGAGAGGAAUUUUAGUUCUCGAGUACUAAAAAAAUAUAACUCUAACUAAUUUGGCGAAGCAAAAAUAGGGGUCUUCAUUUCGCCUUUCUUAUUGAGCAUAAAACGAUCUUGUUAAUUUUAUGGGUUACAAGGCAGAGAAAUUCGGAACUUUACCGGUUUUUUCGAUUUAUCGAUCGGAGAGCUGAGAAUGACAAAAUAAUGUUUAUUUGGACGGACGUAACGUUUUAAGGUGUCAUAUGUAAAUAUAUAUAUAUAUAUAUAUAAACGAAUGUGGGGGUAGAGUCUACCUUGGCAUAAAGUGCUUAAUGCUGUAGUAGCAGAGCAGACAGACAGAACUUUUCAACUUUUCAGUUCUGUCUGACGAGCCCUUAGGCGCGAGACUCAGAGUCACAGAGAAUCGAUGCGUCCUCUUAAAUUAUUUAACUUAUGUAUAAAUAAACUAUAUAUAUAUAUAUAUAUAUAUUCGUUUCGUUUCUGCAAAGAUAACAUGUUGAAGCACAAGUUGGUAAUGUAACCUGUUUACAAAAAGUUUGCAGCCUGAUGCAAAUUAGUAGGUUCGCUUUAUCUUUAACUCCCAGGUUUAUUACGUUUUAUGUUCUCGGCAUCUGUAUCAACGUUCUCAGUAGUUCUUUACUUUAAACAGAGUAUAUUAUUUUGAACGGCUAUUAGUGAUUAUGAAAACUUUCACGCGAUAUAAGGUGAUCAGAGCUAAACGGAUGUAAUCCACUUGUUACUUAACUAAGCGAAAAAAAGUUAUUCAAAGGAUGAAAUGGAUGAGUUUUUGUCCUCUCGAUUUCGUGUCAAUGAAAACAAAGUGAAAAAAUCCAUUUUCCUUUACUUUGUAUAAAUUAUGUCAUGCAUCCUGUGCGGAUGUUUCUUGUGAGCAAAGUCGACUCUUUAAUUGCAAAUUCCUCAAAACAAAAGUCACCCUGUUGAUUUGGCGAAUCAGAUUAUCAAUGAUAAUGAUAAAAGUAGAAACAAACUCUUCUAUUACUGCGACGAGCAAAAGAAAUUUUCGUGCAAACUGAAGAGCAAUUAAAGCGAUGAAUAAAAAUGAAUCAUGAAUUAUAGAUAAGAAGUAUUUCAAUUGUGAGUCAAUGACUCUCAGAGGAAGGCAAAUAUAAGAAAGCUGAUAUGCAACAAGAAAACUAAGGAGCUCCACCUGGGAAAGAUAAAACGGCCAAUUUCAGUAUGGCUGUUUUAUGGCUGACCCAGUUUGCCAUUGUUAGCCUAAACAUCCUUUUGGGAAUUCUGUUUGUCCUAGCAGACAAAGACUUUUGUGGAAGCGUUUUUGAAACUCGAGUCGGUGAGUAAAUACUUCUAAAUAAAAAAAGAAAAGAGGAAAACACCGAUUCUUAUACUCUCUUUGUAUAGCUAGUAGUUACUAGAAAGAACGUUUUUUUUCGUUACAGACCAUGCCUUGGUGGGUCAUGUUAUUCAGACGACUGUUGUUGUGGACGAGUUUGAAUGCCAGUUGAAAUGUAUGGCAAAUAGCAGCUGUAAGUCGAUCAAUGUUCAUCCCGGUGACAGCAAUAGCCUAAGGGGCGGGAAUCCGUCUUACCGCUGAAAUACUGUACAACAGCUUCACCAGAGCUGUUAGCAACGGUAGUCACGUGGAUUGUACGUCCUUUUUGUUUACUGCAAUGAAAUCUCAGCUGAGUGAAGGACAAGUGUGUUCUCAGUUAUUUCAUGGCAUCCUUCGUGAUAAACAGCGUUUUAUUUUCGUGACCGUUGCUGGUUGCUUCAAGGUAUGAAGAUUUAAUCCAAAGCUGUCGCGAGGACGGGUCGUCCACCAAAACGUUGGAAACAAGAAGCCAACCUCCUGGAAAAAACGAAUGAAAUCUGGACAUUAGACGCGAUGCCUGUUACAAUUUUUAUUGCAGUAUGUACCUAACUCAACAACAACUUCAUUGAUUGUCUUUUAUUUUCCAAAGUAUUUUUAACUCCGUCAGUUGUCAUGUCAUAGACCUUUAAUGGCUUUCCGUUCUUCUCAGGGUCGAUCCAGUACUUCCCGUUUUUGAAAGAAACGUGAGUCUCGGAUGUCCUUACAGGAAUGACCAGGCUGAUUGUAAUAUAAGCCUCUGGUAGCUGAAAAGGAAAUGAGGUUUGAUCAUGAUGGGUUUAUUAAUCUUCACACACCAGGUAAGACGCUGAAAAAAGGGGAGAAAGCUAUACGCAAACUUGAACACGACGGUCCACAUUUAUCUUCAGAAAUGCGUUUUGAAAAAGAGUCCCCAAUUGAAAAUUUCCACCAUCCUCAUUGCACUUAAUAGUCAUGUAUUUUGUUUGACAACGUCUACAAUAUAACUGUUCUAUAGUAGUCUCAUCACUUACGUGUUUCACAAUGUUUUCCUUUGUAUCCUGGAUGACACUGGCAGCUUUUAGUUGUUUGUUUUCGCCCGCGAGAAACACUCAUGCAGGAGGCCUGAUUAGUAAAACAGAAAGGUGAACUUUUUUCUUCCCGUUCUGCCAUCGAUUGUUGUUCAGAGUAAACAAAGCUUUUUUUCUCGUUAUCAGUAUUCAGACGCUUAAUGUGCGAUUUUUAAAAGCAAAUUUGACGUUACCCUUACACUCUUGUCAACACUCAGAACAUGCUGUACAAGCGGAAAUGAAACCUUUUGGUUCGAAGGUUGUUGCAAAACAGGAAUUGCAAACUGAUGGAGAUAGUUAAGACUCGCUGGAAAAACGUUUGCCCGAGAUUUUAAACUGCCUGAUGUAAGCCAAUAACAAAUGAUUCUCUCAGUUUUCAUUAGUAUAUAGCAGUAGUUCCGAAAAAUUGUUCUUGGCAGUGAAUAAGAUAGGAAAGUUAUCAACAAACCUGCUUAACCCACAACCCACCUGAACAGAGCUAUAAUAUUUAUAUCCUUUCUUCUUUUGAAGAUGACCUGGCUUCAUUUGCCGUGUUUUAUUAUUCAACUCACAGCUGCGUUUUCCUCCAAAACAACCGCAACUUGUCAUCAAUGUAAAGACAUGAAGUGGGGAUCAGUAAAAGUCGUACAGGAAAGGUUAAACGAUUCAACCUUAUAUUUACCAGGCGCUAAUCACUGGUAUUUGCCAAAUGGGGAUCAAAGAUGGGAGUGGGACGACUUCAAGAGGAACUCUCAUACAGAAUUUUUUUCGCUGUCAUUUGAUGAUUUUUGGAAAGUCUUUGUUCGCUAAGACCUAAAAGCGACAGUCAAAUACAUCUACUUUCACAGCCUUGAAAAGCUCUAACAACACACGCAGAAAAAUACGAUAUUUUUUCAGGUGUGUUUGAUAUAGCCAAUCAGCUGCUGACACGUCAAUCGCCUUUCACGUCUGUUAUUGAUGAAUGAACGGCAAAGUCUUCACCAUUCUCAAUUCAAGGUCGUUUGUCGGAAUGUCCCCGGAUUAUGGCUGCUAAAACACUGAAAAAUCCGUAUCGCUGACAGACAGUGACAUUCAAAUUUUCCUAAAAAAGAGGAAGUAAACCAAAAUACCAAAAGAAAAAACCGAAAGUUACGUAUUCAGUGCCCUUGGUAAUGGCAUUUCUCACCGCUGAGAACGAAAAUCGAUUGCUGGAAGAUUUGUCAACUUUUGCUGUGUACCUGAAAGAUUUCUUCUGUUGGUAAGGACAAGGUCAAUAACAGAGAAUUUUGUAAAUUGAAUAUUACGCCCAAUUUUGCUUUUAGAAAGAUUCAACGCAUUCUUUCAUCUUGAGCUUUAGCGCCAACGCAGUUUUCGAUUUUUUCGAACUUUCUCGAAUUAGGCAGCUAAAACUCUAAAAAAUCCGUACUGCUGACAGACAGUGAGGUUCAAACUUCCCUAGAAGAGGAAAAAAAACCGAUAUACAAAAAUACAGUGACAGUGAGGUUCAAACUUCCCUAGAAGAAGAAAAAAAACCGAAAGCUACGCAUUCAGUGGCUUUGGUGUUGGCAUUUUUCGCAGCUGACAAUGAAAAUUGACAACUGGAAGAUUUACCUCAGGCAGAUUUUGGCCGUUUACCUGAAAGACUUCAUCUGUCGGUAAGGACAAAGCCAAUAAAUGAUAAUUUUUUAGAUUGAAAUGACGACUAUUGUUGUUUUUGUAAUCAUGUUUUAACGCAUUUUUCCUUCCUAGGAGUUAGCGCCAACGCACUUUACGAUAUUUAUUAGGGGAUUGUCAAUUCUUUUAUUUCCAUUCGUUAAUAAAGUCAACUUUUUUUGUCAGUAAAGAGCUAUUGUGUUUAUAUGAUAAACAAAAUAAUACAUUGUUGCUUGUAGAUAUUGAAUUUCUCUUCUCGUGUUGAACUCGACAUCUCACUCGUUAGCCGCGCUUACUUGUGAGCUAUCGAGUUGAACACUCGAAGAGAAACUCUACAUCUACGCACUUAUGUACUAUUCGCUAUAUAACAUUCAUUUGAAUUUUGGUCCUCUUUUACUUUCAGUCAGUAUGAUUGUGUUUUAGGCACAGACUAACUCUAUAGCUAUAAUUCCGGCAUACUAUUAAUUUGUGCCAGGGAAAAUAUGCACGUUGUACCUGAAAACAGUACCACCAGCUCGGAUAGUCUAAGUGGCUUUGAACCUGCACAGGCGGUGGUAAAAUAGUUGACGCAUUGGAUUCCGGGCCGAGGGGUCUGGGCUUAAGAACUAGCCGGGUUAUUGUGUUCUUUUCUUUGUGCCUAUCUCCAUCCAGGAAUAAAACAGGUAACAACGAACUGUCAGGGAUGCCUCACAAAGUGAGGGGGACCGACAGAACAGAAACUGGGAUAAGCUCCAGUCUGAUUGGCUACAUGACUCAAGUACAGACAUUACCACUCUUUUUGAAAAAGCAUUACAGAUCAGAAAAACAGAGAGAAAAAGAAAAAAGUAACCUUGCGGGAACAUAUAUCUUUAUACACUGAAUUUGUCAUCAGGCAUAAUUUUAAACACAUUCACGUCGAGGCCUCACUGGUCCUGCACAAGAUUCUCCUAACAUUUUCUACUCCGAAAUAGUUGUUUUCACGGGAAGCCACAUUUAUCAUUUGUGUUUGAACUUACCACAAAAUAGCCAAUAUGUCAUACCUAAUGAAUUUUAUAUCAUGGUCAUAAAUUAUGGAUUGUCUACAUAUGUUGUCAAGUUGAAUUUCUAACGAGUUAUCAACUGAAGGGUCGCUCUAACAUUUCCAAUUGUACUCGAGUUAAAAUCAGGGAGGCAGCUUUCAAAUCUUCCCACUUGUCGCAGGUUCGGUCAAUCUUGCUGCAUUUUUCAUCCGCAAGUUUUUAGCUCUUUGUUUCGUGUUUGUUUACCAAAAAAAGUAUACGUUUUCGUGAGCCAAAACUUGGCUGGAUUCCAUGACACCGGUCAAGAGGCAUUAAAAUCAGGGAGGCAGCUUUCAAAUCUUCCCACUUGUAGCAAGUUCGGUCAAUCUUGCUGCAUUUUUCAUCCGUAAGUCUUUAGCUCUUUGUUUCGUGACUGGCUGGAUUCCAUGACACCGGUCAAGAGGCAUUAAGUUUCUUAAUUUUUCACUUUUAAGUAAAAACUAACUAUAAAUUGAUGGAUCUCCACUCCAAAAGCCAAUUAAAAUUGAUAUUAUGGGUGAAGUUCACUUUGUGAUUGACAGCUGUUUUCUCGAUAGCUAAUCAAAUACUUUGGACCUUUCCAACCAUUAAGGUUGUUUCAAAAUGUGAAAAUUUCGAUGUGUGCUAACUCCUUCAAAGCUCACAAUUUUAUUUUAUGGAAAAAAAGCCACCUUUUUUUAAAAAGAGAGAAAAUAAGCCCUCAAAAGCAAUUAAAGGACUUAAACUUAGAUGAAAAACAGCUUUUAAUUAUAAAUAAUGUUUAUUUUUAAUUUUAAAUCGUCGUCCAAUAAGGAGGGGCCCUAUUUGUACAGGGAAACAAAUUAAGACGAAUCAAGGGGGGCUGAUUUAAAUGCAGAUUAUGUUUCUCAAGUGAAGAAGUUCCGCUUGGAUAAAAAGAGCGAUAAUACAGAAAUAAAGUAGAAUGACUGUUUUAUGGCUGCUCCAGUUUUCCAUUGUGACUCUUCAAAUCGUCCUCGGAAUCCUGUUUGCCCUGGCAAAAGGAGACUUUUGUGGAAGCGUUUUCGAAACUCAACUGGGUGAGUUAAAACUCAAACUGAACGAUUAGGACCUUCUUGAUUCUUAAGCUUUGUUUUACAUAUAUUCAGGUGAAAAAGCAUCAGUCCAUUUGUUUCGCCUUUCAGGCCAUGCAUUAGCAGGUCAUGUUGUGUAUACGACUGUUGUUGUGGACGAGUUUGAAUGUCAGUUAAAAUGUAUGGGAAACAACCGUUGCAAGUCGAUCAAUGUUCACCCCGGUGACAGUACUGGACAACGUAUCUGUGAGUUGAAUAAUAAAACGCGGCAGAUGAAGCCAGAGGAUUUUACACAAAGGAAAGGAUCUACAUACUAUAGCUCUGCUCAGGUUGGUACUAAGUUUUAUGGUUACCGUAUUUAUUUGCCAAAAUGCCGAAGAUCUUCGGUAAAUUAAUAGUUUUGAGCGUGAUUGGAAUGACAAUUCUAGCCUCCUGAGUGCAAAAAAACAUAGCUCUUUAUUUCACACAACCAUUGAAUUUGGCUGUUGAGGGCGAAACAAAAAUGGGUAGCUUCAUUUCUUCUUGCGGUUUUGAGCAUAAAACCUUCUCGAUUAUUUUUUAGGUUGCAAACCAGCGAAAUUCAGAACUUUAUUGUUUUUUUUCAUUCUCCUUAUCUAUCUGAGAGCUGAGAAUUACAAGAGAGUAUUUGCUUAAUUUGUACAGACCUAACGUAGAACAUAAGUUCAACAUAUGUGUUAUAUACCUAUAACCGCUAUGUUUCUGCGAAGAUAACUUGUUGAAGCACGAGUUGAUGAUGUCACCUGUUUAUAAUAACUUUGGAGCCUGAUUUAAAUUAUUACGUAUGGUUCAUCUCUUAGUCUUAAGUUGACAACGUUUUUGGUAUGUUCUCGGCAUCUGUAUUAACGUCCUUACUAGUUCUUUAGUUUGAAAAAAACAUUUUAUUUUGAACGGCUAUUCUUCAUCAAAAAUACUUUCACGUUUAGAACGUGACCAGAGCUAAAUGGAUGUAAUCCACUUUGUACUGUAUAAAGAGAACACAAUUGAAAAAAUUCUCCAAGAAUGAGAUGGAUAAGCAAAUUUUCUUUUUGUCUCGAUGCAAUGUCAAUAAAGCAACGGGAAACAAAUCAACUUUCCUUAUUUUUGUAUUAAUUGUGUCAGGCUUCCUGCAUGGAUAUUUCUCGUGAGCAAAGGCGAUCCACUAAGAGUGCUCAGUGUCAUCCGGGAUACCAAGGAACACGGUGCCAAAUGCGUAAGUGGUCAGAAGAUUUUGCCUGUUACGUAUUCACACCUUUUUAGACAAAUUAAACUGCAUAAUCAUUACUGGUUGCCUCCUUUUGACAGCUCGAGGCGUAGGAUAAUGUUACUGACUUUGUUAUAAAUGAGUCAUGAAGUUAGCGGAACUUGUCGAGAACAAACUUAAACAAAACAUAAAGUGGCGAGAGAACACAUGCAGAAUCUCACAAACAGAGGCGUGUGUGAAGCAUAAAACUGUUGUGUUGCGGUCCGGCCGGCUGGAUGUUUAAUUAAAGUAUAACACAUUUACGACUCCAAAAGUAUCCAAAAUUAACUCUGUCACCAAAAUAUUUCACCUUUAAGCAAAACAUUUUUUUCUCAGACAUACCCUUAUAUCCACCUAGAUAUAGAAAUAAAUAUUAUGAAUAAUACUGGGCGAUAAAGUAACAUUACAAACAUUACUUCUACUCACUGUAUGUUGUGGCAGAGUGAAACCAAGACUCCUGUUCUUUAUAAUAAGUUCAUUUAUAUUUAUGGUUGAAAAAAAGGAAAAUUAGCUUUCAUUUUUGUUUCAUGAUUUUAAUAAUAAGCUCCCGUGGUGAGAGUAUUCAUCCGCAGUGAAGGUUGCGAGGAUCUGGGAAUUACAGCAAACACUUGUGGUAUUGCUUACAUCAAAGUGAAUGGAAAAGAUUAUUCUCCACACAUCAGAGGCCAUAACGUGGUUGUUAUCAACGCUAUGACAGGUAUUAUAAUCAAGAUCGGAGAUAAAGCGCGCUGUCAUUUGUUGAAAGAGCGCUCUAUCAGGGUACAAAAGACAGAGUUGAGUCACGCCAUCCACUAAUUUGUACCAUGUUCCACCAUUUCCCGUACUUUUCUCUUGCUUUUUUUCGGUAAUUGAAGUGGAAUUUCGGAACAAAAGAGCCGGCAAGUAGCAACAGAAGAGCCAAGCAAAGGUUUGUAAACAUGCCAGGCGCUGCAAUUGACGAUAUUUUAACUUGAGCAGAGACAAAUCCUCAAAGAGAAAACGAAAUCGGGACAGCCUGAGUUUUGAAGGUUUUCACGCUCAGUUAGAUUAUACGUAAGCUUAGUUACGUGCGGUGAUAAAAACCAAACACAGCUAACACUCGUAUAUGAUAUAUAGUUCCGUGUUUAAAAACGAUACAUAAAAAAAAACAUGAAUGAUGAAAAAUUAGCCAAAUCGGCAUAACUGUUACAAUUCAUACAAAUCAUGACGGUCUCAGAGCGAUUCCGAUCAUGCUGAGGUCCAUCGCAGCUAGCUUAUCAUGGCGAUCUCCGAUCAUCGCAGUAAAGCAAGCCUCAGAAAUUACAUCAGCCCCUCUUCGAGUGAACAACUAAGAGCUUGCUCUGAUAUCCUUUCCGAUGCAUUGAGUGGAUGGCCACAUCAGUCACAGCAGCUGAGUUUAACGGCGCUGUCAUCUCGAGUAAUCUUCAUGUUCCUGCGAAUCAGUCGGCUGUCAUUCAUACAUAAAACACACGCCUUGAGCAGUUUGUUUUCUAAUUGUCAUGACAAAAAACUUGCGGGUUUUUAUGAGCCACAAUUCGGCCGAAUUUCACUGAAUAUUUCACUUUCAGAUUCCGUAUUAAAACUGGAAACCUUUGGCGAAAGUGUUAAAUUCGACCUGCCGAAAUAUUUCAGGUUAUGAACUAUUGCAGAUUGUGAACUGAGAUGGUUUGACACUUUUGACGGCUUUAGUCUUGUUCAACCAAUCAAAUUAUUUAAACCAUUCGAACAAGGAUUCUGAUUGGCUUAUUGUAGCAUGCUUAUGAGAGUAUAGAGCAUGCUGACGACAUUGAUGUUUGCUUUGAAAUCAAGGUUUGUUUUGAAAAUUGAAAGUAAUGUGUGGGAAGUUUAAAGGAUUCUUUUUUAAUAAAACAAACAGCGAAGCCUUGACUGUGCUCUAUUCUGUUGUAAAGCACUUAGGAAGCAGCUGGAGCACUCCAAAAUCAUCAUGAAGGGUUACUUAUCUGGGGCGAAAUAAAAGCAGGUAGUAAAACCUUACUUCUGACGACUUUCCCGAGAAAGGCAAACCGGUGUGGGCUUUUGUUUUCCGCGCAUACGCCAGAAGGUAACACCGCUGUCUCCCUAUCGACUCCAUGGUCUUAAUUUAAUAGAACGAUGUGCUCAGUUUAAAAUCUGCGGGGUUAGCUCCAGCUCGAAUAAUCAUAAUCUCUUUAAGCUACCAGUCAUCUGGAAGAUGUACGUCUUCAUUAUAAGCUUGAUUGUAGUGGAAGGGAAACGUUUGUUACCAUUCUUCAUUUGCAGGUACUGUACUAGGAGCCAAAGGAUUUGACACUCAUGAGAAUAGUUCCGCUGGUAUUCACCUGAGAGAUUACCUUAACGGAAUCAAAGGAGAGUAUGUGCCAUAUUGACGUGCUUUUAUAUAUGUUCAUAGAACAAAACAAAACGAAAGCUGAUAUAAAACAAAUGUAAAGGAAGGGAAUGAUCAUCCAACCCUCUAAGGAGGAACUGGUCUUUUACGCUGUAAUCUCACUACCAUAAAAUGUAGCAUAUGAUAGUUCAGAGCACAAACAUCAUGGAUCCCACAUCAUUUUAAGUACAUCUGCCCCAGCUUCUUAUAUAUAUAUAUAUAUAUAUCAUAAUCUCUUAAAAGAUACAUAUUUUUCUCUUUCUAACGACCGUUCGGGAUUGUGUCCAAUGUCAAACGCAUGAAAAUUUGUCGCAAUAACUCCUAUCCGAAACUGAAUCAGAAAUAUACUCACAAAACGAGAUUCGGUUAAUUCCGUGGGAAACUUAUUUCAAAAUAUUAGCACAUUAAUGCCUCGUAGAGGUUUUCGUUAUUGCCCUUUUUUCGUAAUUUGUAAUAAAAUGCAUUUGUUUGCCAUUCUCACGGAAAAUUAAUGUUUGUUCCAAUUGCAGAAAAAUCGUUCUGGUCGCCAUUCAAAAUCAAGGCUCAACAUACAUAUCACAAGCGAUUGACGCUCUAAAAAGAGUUGGCGCCACCGAUGACCUACUCAAUCUGACAGAGUUUAGAGGAUCUUUUGCUUUGGUGGGAUUCGCCGGUGUGAAUAGACCAUCUUGGAUUGCACAACAAAAUGCCAAGCGAGAAAGGGGACCCAGUGAGAUAUCUCUGACAAUCCCAUCAUCAGAAGGUAUAUCUUCGUUCUAUUGAUACCUUAUAGAGGAAUUUCAGCUUUUAAAUAAGUGAACGGGUCCAUCAUAACGAGCCAGCCACGCAUUGACUAAGCAUUUUCAGGUUCUCGUGUACUCAUAUCGGUGUGUGUUGAUUAACAAGACAACACCACAUUUUCUCCUGUAGCUAUCAAAGGCAUAUAUUACAAUCAGCCUGGCCAUUCCUGCAAGGACAUCCGGGACUCCGGAUAUUCCGUUGGAGAUGGGGAGUACUGGAUCGACCCUGAGAAGAACGGAAACCCUUUAAAGGUCUACUGUGACAUGACAACUGACGGAGGUGAGAUGCAAAUGCUCGAUCAUGUUAAAAAAAGUAAAGGAACUGCAUUGGAUUUGAGUUUCUGAAAUUCUACUUCAUGAUGUUUGAAACAUUUAGUUCAUGUUGGUUGAUGUUGGCUUCGUUUUGCACAGGAGGCUGGCUUCUUGUUUCCAACGUUGUGGUAGACGACCCGUCCUCGCGACAGCUUUGGAUUGCGUCAUCAUACCGUGAAAUCAGCAACUGCCACUGGAACAAAACGUUGUUCAUCACAGAAAAUGCCAUGAAAGAACUGAGAACACACUUGUCUUUCACUCAGAUGAGAUUCCACUGCAACAAACAAAAAGGACGAAUGAUCCACGUGACUACAGCUGCAAACAGCUCUGGUGAAGCUGUAGUCCAGUACUUCAGCGGUCAGACGGAUAGGCGACCUUUAGCGUGUGGCUCGUUUAAUAGAAUGAAAGAUGAUAACUCCAAUAUAACUGGAGUCUGUCACCAAUGGCACGGCCAGCAGUGGGGUCACCCACCGUCGGCAAAAGGGACAUUGACCAAUCACGCCUUUUUUGUCCCUUACAAAUAUCACUGGUCGUUGGUUCCUGGAAAUCAAAGAUGGGAGUGUGACGACUACAUUUCUGAAAGAUUUUUUGCGUUGUCCUCUGGCGAUUUCUGGAAAGUCUUUGUUCGUUAAGGCCUGGAAACACCUACAUGCGCUUCCACUUUUCCUGUAAAAAUUUUCUCUGCAAAGUAAGACGUCAUGAUCAUCGGAUAACUGUAACAAGCCUUCAAACUUUUUUUAUUUGUUUUUUAUCAUUCGAACAAUUUGCGAGGUUUUCGUUCUCAUAUUUCGUAUGUUAGUUUGUGGCCUGAAUGUCAUGGAGGAGUCGGUAUUUCACUUCUUAAAUACCAUAGUAGUGACUAACUUAUAAUUUCUCCAUACAGUAUCACCCUUGAAUUAAAUAGAGUUCAUAGGAAUAAAGGAAAUGAUCACCAGCCUAGGAAGUCCAUAACUGUCAAACAAAUUCUCCUCGGCAGCACCAUAGGAAAUGUAUAGAGAACAGAAUGGUGAACAUCCAUACUGAUGUUAGGGUGUUAAGAGUUAAAACCUUUUCAUCUUUCAAAGUAAACCCGACCCAAAGAUUUGUUCAUCUAUCUGUUUUUUUUCCUUUACUUUUUUUCGGGAAGUCAUUAUUUUAUUGC